AUGCCUCCUUUACCAGAAGACGUCUUAGCUAUGCAACCAAAUGAUGAUACUCUUACAAUCAUUACACCAGAUUGUAACAGACAGAUUUCAAUUAAACGUGCUAAUUCUGGUGAUGACGAAAUGACUUAUAACGAAGGGAAACGGGGACGUUUGACAAUAGACAAUACUGUACCAUGCCCUCUCGCAAAUUUUGGUUGUCUUAGUUAUGUAUCCAGUGAUGAGUUAGAGGAACAUUAUUUGAGUAAAAUUCAUCAAGAAUGUCUUACGAAAGCGAUUACUUCAUACAUCAAACAAUUACAUGCAAUACCAGAGAAACAUACGAAACGAUCAGACGACGAUGAAAAUAUUUCCGGACUAUUGGAUAAUCUUAAUAUACUUUCUGAGGGCGUCUCAUGUAUAGUCGAUGAUACGGUUCAACUUCAACAAAAUAUGACAGAGAUUCGAUGUAAUCUUUUGGAACAACAAAAACAAAUCGAACUAUUGAAGGGCUCUGUAGAAGAAAGUAAUCAGUUUAUUGAUGCUACUCAAAUAAAUAAUAAUGUAUUACAAAUGGAAAUAGAAAAUAUGAAACAAAUGAUGACCGAUAUAACGAAUCAAUCAGCACAUGAUGGAACAUGUAUAUGGAAAAUUACGGAUGUUGCUCAAAAGAUUAAAGAUGCUAUUAGCGAUCGUCAGACAAGUAUCUACUCUCCUCCAUUCUAUUCAUCUCCUACAGGUUACAAAAUGUGUAUGAGAUUGUAUUUGAAUGGCGACGGUAACGCACGACGAACUCAUCUCUCAUUGUUUUUUGUACUUCUACGAGGAGAUUACGAUGCUAUACUACAAUGGCCUUUUUCCUAUAAAAUUACAUUUUGCCUUUAUGAUCAAACGGAUGCUCAACGACACAUUAUCGAUUCAUUCCGUCCUGAUGUCAAAUCAAACAGUUUUCAACGACCACGAUCAAGCAUGAAUAUUGCUUCUGGAAUACCUAAGUUUUGCUCUUUACCAAUCAUACAACAAGAUAACAAUCCAUACGUUCGUGAUGAUUGUAUGUUCAUCCGUUGUAUGGUUGAUUUUGAAUCAACAGUAAAAACAAUGAUUCCUUUCAUAUGCAGUAUAAAUCCAGGUCUUCCUAAAAACAUUCAACGGAUGAUGUGUGAAACGGAAAUGGAACGACGAAAAUCAGCCGAAUCAACUCCACAAGAAAAUUUACCAAAUAUAGAUGAUUCGAAAUAG